AUGCCGCCCACUGAUGAAAUUACAGAGGACGAGGAAAUGUUUGAGGAUGAAUAUUCCCAGCCCCCGUUUGAGCCGUUUAAAGAUCUAUGCAAACGUCGCUUCCUCUGGUACUAUGAGACUUAUAAGAACACAAUGGCUGAGGCUGAGACAAAGUGCCCUGUUGGCUCACGCUUCCAGAGAAUGCAGUUCGAAUUCACCGGCAAUACAAUGGACGGGCAUUUCAACUAUACCGAGCUGACCAAAAGACUAGAUGCAAUCAAGAACGCCAUCAUGAAAGAAACAGAUUCUUGGGCAGAAAUGGGUCGGAAAGCUAUAAAGAACGAAACAAGAAUUGCCGUCAACCUGCAACGGCAGUAUGAACAAAUUGUCGAGGACCUAAAAAAUAAACGACAUUUCACUAUCGAUAUAUCCCUUGACGAGGGAAAUCCUCUUGUCUGGAUGUUGACUUACUUUGGGCGGCCCAUGACCCAUCUUGAUGGUGGUAUCUUUAGAAUUAAGAUUGCCCUCAGUCCUAAUUUCCCAGAUGAGCAGCCUCGAGUGAUUGUUCAAACCCCUCUAUUCCACCAUCGUAUCUCAAAAGAUGGCAUUCUCUGCUAUUUCCCGAAGAAACUGGAGGAUAUGAAGGCACACGUUGAAGCCAUUGUUGAGGCAUUAGAGGAUGAGUCUCCACCUUAUGACCCGCGAGCAACUGUCAACCCUGAAUGCUCCAAGCUCUUCUGGGGCUCCGCAGAAGACAAGAAAAAAUACAAUCGCAUGCUAAGACGCUCGGUCCAGCGCAGCAUAGAGUAA